AUGGCGUCCAUUGCAAUCGAGAUUGAGGUUGCUUCUGAAUAUCCGGCCGAUAAAGUUUUCAAGGUUUUUAGUAAGUUUGAUAGUAUUGCACCUAAGGUAAACCCUCGAGUAUUCAAGUCAAUUGAAACAAUUGAAGGAAAUGGAGAUGUUGGAACAGUAAAGGUUCUCACAUUUGGUGAAGGCGUCCCAUUCACAAGCGCAAAGUACAAGGUAGACGCUAUCGAUGCAACCAACUAUAGCUAUAGCUACACAUUUUUCGAAGGUGACAACUUGAUGGGCAUAUUACACUCCAUCACCAGUCAUGUUAAGAUUGUACCUUCCGCCGAUGGAGGGUGUGUGAACAAGCAAACUAUUACUUAUAAUUGCAAAGGUAAUGAAAAGCCAUCUGAAGAUUUUCUUAAAAAGGAGAAAGAAGGUUAUGAGAACACCUACAAGGCUAUGGAAGCUUAUGCCAUUGCUCAUCCCGAAACUUUUAUGGCAUCCCUUUCUAUCGAGAUUGAAGUUGCUUCUCAAUAUCCGGCCGAUAAAGUUUUUAAGGUUUUCAGUAAGUUCGAUAGUAUUGCACCUAAGGUAAACCCUCAAGUUUUCAAGUCCAUUGAAACAAUUGAAGGUAAUGGAGAUGUUGGAACAAUAAAGGUCCUCACAUUUGGUGAAGGCGUUCCAUUCACGAGCGCAAAGUAUAAGGUAGAUGCUAUAGAUGCAAGCAACUUCACCUAUAGCUACUCAUUUUUCGAAGGUGACAACUUGAUGGGCAUAUUACACUCCAUCACCAGUCAUGUUAAGAUUGUACCUUCUGCUGAUGACGGAGGAUGUGUAAACAAGCAAACUAUUACAUAUGUCUGCAAAGGUGAUGAGAAGCCAUCCGAAGAUUUUCUUAAGAAAGAGAAAGAAGUUUAUGAGAACACCUACAAGGCUAUGGAGGCUUAUGCCGUUGCGCAUCCUGAAACUUUUAUGGCGUCUAUUGCUAUCAAUAUUGAGGUUGCUUCUCAAUAUCCCGCCGACAAAGUUUUCAAGGUAUUCAGUCAGUUCGAUAGUAUUGCACCUAAGGUAAACCCUCAAGUUUUCAAGUCCAUUGAAACAAUUGAAGGAAAUGGAGAUGCUGGAACAAUAAAGGUCCUUAAAUUUGGUGAUGGGGUCCCAUUCACAAGUGCAAAAUACAAGGUAGACAAUAUUGAUGCAACAAGCUAUAGCUAUAGCUACACAUUUUUCGAAGGUGACAACCUGAUGGGCAUAUUAGACUCGAUCACCAGUCAUGUUAAGAUUGUACCUUCUGCCGAUGGAGGGUGUGUUAACAAGCAAACUAUUACUUAUCAUUGCAGAAGUGAUGAGAAGCCAUCAGAUGAUUUUCUUAAAAAAGAGAAAGAAGUUUAUGAGAAGACUUACAAGGCAAUGGAGGCUUAUGCCGCCGCUCAUCCUGAAAUUUACUAACCACUCUAUAUCAUUAUGCUGCUUUGAAAUCAUUUCUCUAUUGCGCUUAUGCUCAUUUUCGCUUCUGAUGAGCUCUAGAAAAUGUAUCAGGGAAACUAUUGUACUAACUAUCGUACUAUAUAUGUUUCCACCUGAUUUAAUAAAGACACAAUUUCUAAUUUGAUUCA